UUUAAAAUAAAUUUAUAAAUAUUAAAUUUAUAUUACUCCCGAGUAUUAUUUAAUGCAUGACUCCUAAUUUGUUUUGGAAAAUGCUAAAAACCCCCACCCUUGCUACCAACCAUGCCCCCUACAUAAACAUGUGGUAGGGAGGCAAGAAAAUUAAAAUUAGAGGGUAGGUGAAGAAUGAGUAUAGAUAAAUAUGUGGUGGAGAAGUGGGUGGAGGCAAGCUCCUAUAAAUACCCACCAUCCUUCCUCUACGCUCCUACCAAUUCAUCACGCUCUCUUCAAUUGGUCUGUUCUGUGGUGCUUAUAUUCUCGUCGGCCGGCCGAUCGGCUGCCGUAAAUCCCUGGCACCGGUCAUUGGAUUUUAUCAUUGGCGUGGGGAUCGAUCGGUUCGGAAGAUAUUCGUUUUCUUCAAUUGUCAAUCAAUUGUUUUCCUAUCUUUGAUCCGCGAUGUUGCUCAGAUCAUAUAUUGAUUGCUGCGGUAGUAUAUUGAUUACUGCUUCUGUUCUGGGCGAUUGAUUUUAUUGAAGAUCUGCCUUUAUCGCGAUCGAUCGGGUGCUAUAAAUUUCUUCUUCCCAUAAUUAAAUUUUAUUGAAGCUUUGCCUUUAUCAUGAUGUAUCCACAUUCAAAUACUUUCUUUCUCGUGUCCUUGAUCGACGAUGUAGGGCAAAUCAUAGACGGAAGUGGUUGGCGCGCUCGUUUUCACGAUUUUCUGGUUUGAUUUCUAAUUAUGUUUCCGGGAAAUUGAUUUAAUUGUUGGUUCGCCUUUAUCUGAUUCCUACUGUUAAUUGUUUCCCUGUCUUCCCUUGAUGAUGUAUUUCCCUGUCUUGACUCUAUGAUGUUGCUAUGAUUUCAUAUCAAGGAUCGGAGUGGGCGAACAAGAUUAACAGGUUUGAUUACCACUUCACUAGGUUUUUGCUUCCCAGUUUAAUUAUUGGAGUUUUGUCUUUAUGGUGAUUGAUCAGUUGGGGUAUCUAUUUUUUGGAAAUUAAUUGUGUUCAUGUUUAACCGGAUGAUGUAGGAGUUCACCUCUGAUGUUUUUAUGGUUCGUUAUUUUGGAAAUUGCUUAUUUGUUUUGGUGAGUUGGUCUGUUGUUAGAGAUCUCCACCUUGCUGUUGAUCUGAUGCAGGUCAGAUGAUAUACUUGCUCUCACCUGCAAUAAUUUGGUAUGAGUUCCUUUGUUAUUUACAGUGAAGCAUGGACAUUCAUUGUUUUAAGUAGUAUUGAUAUUCUAAAUUAUAUUUUAAAAUCUAAAGGAUACUAUUUGAUUAGAUAGUUUAAGGUAAGUGCAGCUAAAAUUUUUCUCAACAUUUAAAUAUUUUUAGUAUUUAUAUGAAAUUUCUUCUAAACUACUCUGUUGUAUUUCUCGCCAUCCGUGGAAGGGACAUUGGUUGUUAAACAAAUACCCUACCCUUAAAAAAACUUGUUCAUCUUAGAAAUUGAAUGAUUAUUUGGAUUUUGAUCUAUUCUGGACAACACAAUCUUAGCUGCACUUUUUUGGAUUUUAUUUGAUGAACAAUAAAGACUCUUUUGGUUACUCUGUGUCCAAGUCCAACCAUCUCAUAUGGCAUUUCCUGGUAUCUGAAGAUGGUCGUUUCCUAAACUUUUUAUUUCUACCUUGACUUGUUGGUACAGUUCAGAGUUAAGACGAAUGAUUUGUCUCUAACCUUUUCAUUUCAACUAGUUAAAAAUUCAGUUUAUAAGCCUCAAAUUUUCAUAUGCCUCAUUUUGUUUUGACAAAAUAACCAGAAGACUUUUGUUCAUUAUCUAUUGCUUGUGUGUUCCACAUCACUAUUCACAUGUUCUUUUUUUAAAUGUUUUUAUUAAUCCCUUGAUAAAAUGAAAUGAAGUUGUUUUCUCUUUUCUUUUGUAGAUUAACUAUUGAUGUGAUUUUUAAUAAUAUAAAUUUUAUUCUUUAAUAUUGUACUUUUUUUAUUUUUUUACAUCAGAAACAGCCGAAUCUGGUACGGAGUGAGUAUGAUAUAAUUGAUUUUAUCAGAACCAAAUCAUAUAUUAACAUCUAUGGUUAUUGGGUAAUUUCAUCUUGACCGACUCAUAAUCUAUAAUUUUUAAAUACCACAAGAAUUUACGAUCAUAAUAGAUUAUAUUUAGUAUUGAAUGUGUUAUCUUGAUCAUAUUGCUGGAUCAUAUAUACUUAGAUUUUGAUGAGUAGUAAAUGUGGCACAAAUAAUUGGUUUGACUUUGCUUGCAGUAUUUUGGAUUCUUCUGGCUGAGCAGGUCUGUGUGUUGUUUAUCCAGUUAUUGGACUUGAUGUCAGUCAUGUAAACAAUUUUGUGAAUUUGGGUGGUCGAAUAAGAUGGCUUGGUUUGAUUUCAAGGUGUCCAUUGCUUCUAUUUCUGGAAGUACCACAUUGUGAUAAUUUUGGUACUAGAAAAGGAUUUGACAAGAACUAUGCACAAUUUCUGAUGGGUUUGCUUCUUCUUGACCACCUCUCAUAAUCUAAUAAAUACUACUACCAUCGUAAUCCUGAAAUUCCUAAUAAAAUUCUGUUGUCUUGAUCUGUUGCUAAUUUUCCCAUAUAACCUUAGCUCUGAUGACUUCUUGAAGAUUUGUCUUCAAUUGUGAGAUUGUGAUAGUCCAAGAAAUAGAUGCCGGAAGU